AUGACGCGAAUUGAGAGCAGUUUGACGCCGGAGAUUUACGGCCAUUUGGUCGUGAAGAAGGCGCUGCUGAUAGGAGAUCACGGUGUGCGUACGGCCGUUAGAACCCACGUCGCAUCAUUUAAGCAGAAAGUCCAACUGCCAGCCGCCCUGCUUUCCCGUUUCGACCUUCUCGGCCGCGACAACGAUCUUCGUCUGGCCAAACACAUUACCCUCGUCCACAGCUACAGAAAGCCGCCGGUACAUCGCACUGUGCAAAACCGAGCAGAAGACCACUCACAUCCAAACACGUCGGACAAGGUCUUCGUGCUGGUGCGGGAGUUGGCCGGGGCAAACAAGACGGUCAAGAUUUCGGACGUGAUGAAGCGCUGCACGACCAAGGGCUACAGGUCGGCAAGUCGGGCCAGAAGUACGCCUGCAUCUAGGAAUAUGAAUCCAGCUGCUUGUCCGGAUCGACCUUCUUCAACCGAUGAACGACCUCCCGCGCGCUUUUCCGUCGCUUCUCGCUGAUUCUGGUAAGCUUCGAUCAGUGCAUCGUUGUCCAGCGGUUUCAACUCGUCCUUCACUCCGGGUAAUCUUCCUCUUGGACGUGAUCAGGUCCAGGAACCCUGUCAACGACUUCUCCGGCAGUUAGUUCUUCGGCCCCCGAUCGGCCCGGUUCUGGUGCAGCAAAGAUUCGAAAACGUAGAAAAGUGUUUCAUUUGGUUUUGACAAAGAUUUUUGUGACAGCACGAGGUACACGGUAAACGAAGAUUAACAAAGAUACUCGAAAUUGACUUCAUUACAGCAUCAUUCCGAUUUCAUUCUGGAAUCAACGGAAUGAUGGAACCUCGAUUUUUAAGUUGCCAGCCGAUCAUUCUGGAUUGAUUCUGGAAUGACGAGAAUUUGUUUGAUUUUCAAAACAUGUUAACUUUUCCUUCAAUAAAAUGACAGCUGCUGAUCGCUAACACGCAAAAACAAAAUUAAUUAGAAACGGAAUAAUCAUGUGUAUUCCAGCAUCAUUCCAGAAUAAUUCUGGAAUGAGCAGAAUGAUUCUAAUGAAAAUAUUUGAUGUGUC